AUGCGAAAAUCCUUAUAUCUCGAGAAUACAAUUGAGUUCCUAAAAGGAAGAGUAUACCUCGGAGCAUACGAUUAUACACCGGAAGAUGAUGAUACAGCAAUUUUUUUCACCGUGGAAGAUACUCUUUUUUACAACAGUUUCCAUUUAGAUUUCGGUCCUUUAAAUGUAGGGCAUCUUUACAGAUUCGCAGUGAUAUUUCAUGAAAUCCUAAAUAAUCCAGAUAAUGCAGAUAAGGCAGUUGUCUUUUAUUCUUCUGCUUCAAGUAGACAACGUGCAAAUACCGCGUGUCUGUUAUGUUGUUAUAUGAUCUUGGUUCAAGGUUGGACUCCACAUCAAGUAUUACAACCAUUAGCACAAGUAGAUCCACCAUUCAUGCCCUUCAGAGACGCUGGUUAUUCCAAUGCAGAUUUCGAAAUUACAAUACAAGAUGUCAUUUAUGGUAUUUGGAGAGCUAAGGAGAAAAGUUUAAUCGAUUUACAUUUAUUUAAUUUACAGACUUAUGAAAAAUAUGAGCAUGUAGAGAAUGGAGAUUUGAAUGAAUUGACUCCAGAUAUUAUUGCAUUCGCAUCACCUCAAGAACAUCCAAGAUUUUUAUCAAUGGCUUCUAGUUUCUCUAAACCUCAUUUAAAUCAAUCUUUCAAAAGUGUAUUGAAAUUCUUCAAAAAGAGUGAUGUGCAAUUAGUGGUAAGAUUGAAUUCUCAUUUAUAUAAUGCCGAUCAUUUUGAAGAUCUCGGUAUUCAGCAUUUAGAUAUGAUUUUUGAAGAUGGUACAUGUCCAGAUAUGUCAAUAGUUCAUAAUUUUGUUGGUGCAGCUGAAACAAUUAUAAAGCGAGGUGGGAAAAUUGCUGUACACUGUAAAGCAGGUUUAGGUAGAACAGGUUGUCUCAUUGGAGCAUAUCUAAUAUAUACAUAUGGAUUUACUGCAAAUGAAUGUAUUGGAUUCCUAAGAUUUAUAAGGCCAGGGAUGUUCGUUGGUCCACAACAACAUUGGUUAUAUCUACAUCAAAGUGAAUUUAGAGAAUGGAAAUAUACAAUGAGACUUUCUUUGGAACCAAGUGAUUUAAUAGGAGGUCUAUAUCCAUUGGUUAGUUUAGAAGAAUAUCAUUCUCAGAAAAGAAAACUAAGGGACCAUAGUAAUAAGGAAAAUGAACAUAAUGACAGUGAUGUUAAUGAUGAUCUACGUGAUCUAGUCAUUACCCCCAGGAAAACUAAACAUGCGGCUAAAGAAAAGAAAUUUUAUUCAGUGGCAGUACCCCAGAAUUCUCCAGGUCAACCAAGAAAGGGACACAAUGGUUCCAACACGAUAGAAGAUAUAAAUAAUUCCAAAAAGAUACAUAUCAACAAUAAAUCAAGCCCGAUUAAAUCAAGUCAAAUAAAAUCAUUGAUUGUAGAUAAUAACUCCGAUAACGAAGAAGGAGAUGAUGCUAAUCAUCCAAGAAAUAGAAGUACGAAGACGGUUCAGAAUGAUGACGACGACGAAGAAGAAGAAGAAGACGAUGAUGACAUAUUAAGGCGGUUAUUACCUAAAAUCGAAGGACAGUUUCUGGAAGGAGAACAGCAAGUGCUGGUGUACGUAAAAUGA